AUGGGACAGUUAUUUCAGGAAGUGGUCGGUUUGAUGGAAGCCAGGCUAAGAAAUGAGACUAGUUUAGCGAGUCAUUUCUACCUCUACACCGGCCACGACAUCACAAUAGUGGGUCUUCAGCGUAUCCUGGGUCUGUCAGACACUUGCCACUGGGUGGUGGAGCCUAGCUCUGCCUUGAUCCUAGAACUUCAUACGGACCCAGCCACAAAUGGAUCCCACAUUAAGGUCCUAUACAUAGACGGUGUGUCGGAGGACUUGGAACCUGUUGAGCUUGCCAUCCCUGGUUGUGACUAUCCUUGCAGCAUUUACCAAUUAAUGAACAUGACGGAGAAGUAUUAUAAUGUAACAGACUGGCAUAAAGAAUGUGAAAUUUAGUGUUUUUUUUUAAUAUAUAUUAUGAGUUUAACAAAUCAAAAUAAUUAUUUUAUUAAUUUACCUUUUUAAAUGUAUAAUGUAUCUGGCUAUAAUAGUUCAGCAUUUUCAACCAACUUAAGUUAUAACAUAAGAAAAUUUUAUCCGUACUGUUUUCUGCCUUUUUUAUGUUUUUAAAAAAUAAAUGUAUUUCUGAUA